AAUGACACUAUAAUCAUUUGUUCUGUUAUAAAAUUUAUCGUGAAUUAUCUCUAAUUAUGGCUUUGCGACUGGGGGUCAAAAUUUCUAGUGUGGCGGGUCAAUCAGUAACUCCAAUACGUUUUAGACGACAAUUUCAAUCUUUGUCGCCAGUGGCUUCUUUUAAAAUAUCUCCAAAUCAAAGAGCAGCGUCAGGCAUUGUUCCUGCAAAUAAAAAGUCAUCAAAACAAAGUAUAACUAAAAAUGCAGAUAAAAACCAAAAAUACAGUACCAAAGAUAGAGUAACCAGGGACUUUAAUGAAUACAAUGCCGUUGAACAGUAUGAAUUAGAAGCGGCAAAACCCCGUGAGAAGAUGCAUAGGGUGAACAGAGUAUACGAAUUUAUGAGCAAAUUGCAACAAAAUCAAAACUGGAGGAUUUUACCACAUUUACAACCCAGCAACUUAAGACCAUAUGGUUCCACUGAUAAUAUAAUAUUUCCUGAAAGUUUAAGACAAAGAGAUUUAAUUAAGUAUCCACAAGAGGAUGAAGUUUUGGCUGAGGUCGAAGAGGAAAUGUCUGAAAAAUCUGUCCAACAAUAUUCCAAAGAUGAAUUUACUAAUAGGCGAGACUAUUCCACAUUCGAAAAAAAACAUAACCACAAAAAUGACUGUAGGAAAAUGGCUACAAAAUCAAAACACAUUGAGGAAGAAAAUGUUAGUUUGGGUGCGUCUGAAGUUAAUAAAGAAUCUUUAAAUAAGUUUGAUUCUGUUUCUGAAGAAACUAAAAGCGAAAAAAACAAAAUUUGGCCCUCCUAUUCUGAUAUUUUAAGACAUGAAAUAAAUAAAGAUGUUAUGACGACUUCUACAAGAAAACUUCAUCAAAGUUGCAAUCCAUUAGGCCCAAGUGCACAAAGGCCAGUACCCCUAUCUGAAAUGAAUGUUGGAUUAAAUUUAAAUGAAGCUAUUAAAGAGCCGAAAAUUAAAUCAACAAUCUUAACCGAUCCUAUUAAUGAAGUUGAAAUAAGAGAACCUGAGUUAAAGCCUAUGGCGAUGAAACUUAAAAAAGGAAAAAAACCCAAGGAAAGCUGGGACCAGUACUGUCCAGAAGAAGAAGAGAUAAUCAUUAAAAGGGAGUGUCCAAUUAUACCAAGGAAACUUCCCAAACUGAUUCCAAGGGACUGCCCAUGCGUGGAACCUCCUCCGCCCUGUGAUGUCCCUCCUUUACCACGACUGGAUUUGGAAGUAUGUGAGCCACGUCCGGAGUGCCCUAUUCACCCUUGUGAGACGACACCUAGAGCUGAUAUAGAUUGUUGGGAGUACAUGGAAUCUCCAGAAGUAGAUUGUCGAGUAAUACCAGUUAAGAGAAAGGGUGAGUGUAACAAGUGCGAAAUGAAGCGAAGGAAGGACAAAAAUAGGAGCAGCUGCCCAUAUAGCACAUCAGCAUUUAAAGGAGACAUGCAAUCCAAAAGGCAAUAUUCAUCCUUAACUGCAGUUUCCACUGAUUACGAAAACGUAACAAAGAUUGUACCUGAUUUUAUCAUUCCAAUUCCCAGUGUACAAAGGCAUGUGGAUGAAAAUACUCAAAUAAAUAAUGAUAUCCUUUUCGACAACUUUGCUACGUUUGGCAGAAAUUUAAAUAAUAGUACAUCGACACCUGUACUUUUAAAUAAACUUGGCAGUAUUCAAGCUGAUAUGAUUAGUAGGCAAUAUUCGACCAACGAUGAACGAUGCAUAAAAAAACCAAAGAAAGAUUGUAAAUUACCCCCUGCAGACAAUUGUAAUGCAUGCAAACAUGGAAAAGAAAAGAAGUGUACUCGUGAAUGUCCUACUUUUUGUAUGCAUGAUUGCCCACCAGCAAAUCCACGUGGAACCGAGUGUAUACCUAGACAUGAGGUGUGUUGCGAAAAAGCUCAAACUCCCUAUCCCUCAUAUUCGGAAUGUCUUGUGAGUUAUUUGGCACCAUUUACCAACUUCCCCAACUACAAAUGUAUUAAAUGCCCAAAAAGAGAUAACCCAGGAUUUUAUUACAAAAAAUUUAGUACAAUGGCCGCACAUCAUAAUGGCGCCAAUUCAUCUUUAUUUUCGUCGCAUUGUAAAUCAGUAAAAGGUAAAAGAGUUUUCUCCACUCAUGUAAGAAAACCCUUGUUAAGUACUCCAGCAAAGUUUAGAAAGUCUGGUAUUAGAAACAAACACAAGAAAAAAAAUCCUUGCAAAUUAUGUGUUGAUAUAAGUUAUCCAAACUGUCCUCCAAGAUGUAGGUUUACUUGCGAUAAGGACCCAAUUGAUGAUAAUUGCACAAAACGUAACAGUCCCUACCCGUCGUUUUCUGAAUGUGUAAUUGAAGAACUUGACGAAUAUAUAUCUGAAUGUCCUUACAACCUGGAAGCUACUCAUAGACUGCAACCCAAGUAUGAGAUGUUGUCAAAAAUGGCAUAUUUAAUUAAACACUUACCUGCCCCUGGAUUUAAACCUUUUGAUCCCCUGAAGGAAGAAAAGUGUAUUCGUUCUAAAUUGUGUAUAAAAAAUGAUGGUGUUUCGCAAUGCUGCAACGAUUUCGGAAAACCACAUGCAGCUUUAAAAAACAAAGAUUUCUUUGAGCCAAACGACAGAACUCAAUGCAAAUUUUUAACCAAUAAACAGGAAAAACAAGACUCAAGAAAAAUUAAAAGAAAAUACCACACAAAAACUCUAAACACAGACGAACAGCAGAACUUUCCUUAACUUUGCUCUCACAACAACUCUUUUCCAUCCACAUUUUCGGCUCUUUAGUUCAACAUCAAAUAAAAAUUGCAAAUCUUGUCCAAAAUUUGACUUAGAAAAUUGUAUACGUUGCGAAGAUAAAAAAAAAUCAAAAUUACAAUGCUCGAAACGGAUAAGUCCAUAUCCAUCGUUUUCCGAAAUUAAUCAAUCUGACUGUGAGCCGGAAGUUAUAACCGAAUGUCCUGAUGGAGACUACCAAGAUAAACGAGAGAAAAAAAUUAAAUCACAGUUUAAUAUUCCUGGUCUUAAUGAAUAUAUGUCAUUAAAAAAUAAAUCAAAUUGUAAUAAACAACCUUCAUUAUGUUCACACACCAAUCAAGAACCAGAAGAACCUCAAGCCUGUCAGGCAGAGUCUUUGGAUGAAAGUUGUAUAAAUUUACAAAGGAUAUCUCCACCACCCCCUGGUAAAUUUACAUUUCAGCAAUUGUGGUGCAACAUUAAGAACUACUUUAAAGCUAGAGAUUGUCCAAGUCCUGAAGAGUUUAAAAGAAUGAGAUUAAGGGAAGUUGCAGAAAAAGCGGCUAGAGAUGCAGGGUUGUGUCUUUGCGAUCCAAAAGAGUUAAAAACUGAAAAAAAGGAGGAACCGUUACCAAAGAUUAUAACGCCGGACUGUUGUGUUCAAAAAAACGAACAAGAAUAAUGCAUGUAAUGAGUAAUGAAAUUAACACAUAACAAAUAAACCAGCUGGAGUUCUUAAUUAAGAAUUUUCUAGUGCCCAUGUACCUAUCAGUUUUAAAUAAAGGUGUGAUCCAUU